AUGGCAGAUCUCGUCAAAGAACUCAUCCAAGAGACGCCUCCGCUGCCAUGGUUUCCGUUCCUCCUCCUUCUCCUCCUCCUCCCAUUCCUCCUGUUUGCGCAUCGCUGGCUUACCACGGGAAAGACAGGGAAAAAGGAGCAGCAACAAGAAAACCACCUCCCGCCCUCGCCGCCGGCUCUGCCCAUCAUCGGGCACCUGCACCUCGUCGGCUCUCGCCCUCACGUCUCCCUCCGCAGCCUCGCCAGGAAGCACGGUCCCGACGUGAUGCUCCUCCGCCUCGGCGCCGUGCCGACGCUCGUCGUGUCGUCGCCGCGUGCCGCGGAGGCGGUGCUGCGCACGCACGACCGCGUCUUUGCGUCGCGGCCGCGCUCCGUCGUCGCCGACAUCAUCCUAUACGGCUCCUGCGACGUCGCCUUCGCGCCCUACGGCGAGUACUGGCGGCAGGCCAAGAAGCUCAUGACCACCCACCUGCUGAGCGUUAGAAGAGUGCAGUCUUUCCGCGGAGCUGCCAUAGAGGAGGUGAGCACGGCCAUGGCCAAGAUUAGCGAGGUAGCCACAGCAGGUGGUAUGGUGGACAUGAGCGACCUGCUCAACUCAUUCUCGAAUGACAUGGCUUGCCGCAUCGUGUCAGGAAAGUUCUUCCUAAAAGAAGGACGGACCGAGCUGUUACGGGACCUCAUCAACGAUAGCUCACAGUUGCUCGGAGGGUUUAACUUGGAGGAUUACUUCCCGGCUUUAGCUAGAGUAGGAGUGUUGAAGAGGACAGUUUGUGCUAAGGCUGAGAGAUUGAGAAAUAGAUGGGACAGUCUGCUGGCUAAGGUGAUCGAUGAUCGUGUGAGCAAGGAAAAAUCAACGUCUGAUCAGAAGGAUGUCGACUUCGUAGAUAUUUUAUUGUCCGUUCAGCAUGAGUAUGAUCUCACAAGAGAGCAUAUGAAAGCUCUACUGACAGAUGUAUUUUUCGCUGCAAUAGAUACAUCAUCUAACACCCUUGAAUUCACCUUGGCUGAGCUCAUGAGGAGGCCAUACCUGAUGAGGAAGUUACAAUACGAAGUGAGGAGUAUCGUACCACAGGGACAAGAAAUUUUUAGUGAAAUUGACAUGAACAACAUGACUUACCUAAGAGCCGUCAUAAAGGAGUCACUACGGCUGCAUCCCGUGGCGCCUUUUCUUGCUCCGCACCUUGCCAUGGCUGACUGCAGCGUCGAUGGAUAUAUGGUUCCUGCUGGGACACGUGUUAUCAUCAAUGUGUGGGCCAUUGGUAGGGACCCAACCUCCUGGGAGGACGCAGAAGAGUUCAGACCUGAAAGAUUUGUAGAAGGAGGCAGCGACGUGCACGUUAACUUCAAGGAGAAUGGUUUCAAGUUAUUGCCGUUCGGCGCAGGACGAAGGAUGUGCCCUGGUAUAAACCUCGGAAUCGCCAAUGUCGAGCUUAUGUUGGCAAACCUCAUGUACCAUUUUGACUGGGAGCCGACGCCGGGGCUGGACAGAAAAGACAUUGAUAUGACAGAGGUGUUCGGGCUAACCGUUCGCCGGAAGGAGAAACUACUGUUAAUUCCAAAAGCACACAUGUAGCAAA